AUGGACAAAGAUAGCGAGGUAGCUUCCAAAUACAUUUCGGACGACAAUGCCGAAAUUGAACUGAAGCAGGGCUCGCAGUCAAAUACGUCUUCUCCUGAAGAAACAUCUCCAACGCCACCACCUGCCGCUUCUCCAACCAGUCCUGUACCAGAUGGCGGACUCAACGCAUGGCUUCAAGUUUUGGGAGGAUGGGUUGUACUAGCAGCCUCCUGGGGCCUUGUAAACACCUUUGGAGCGUACCAAACAUAUUAUCAGACGGUAAUGCUCACAUCCGAGUCAGCGUCUACGAUCUCCUGGAUUGGCUCUCUACAAGCAUGCCUUCUAUUACUUGGAGGCCUCGUUUCAGGACCUCUCUUUGACGCUGGUUAUUUCACGCCAACUAUGAUCGGGGGGCUGCUGCUCAUUUGCUUCGGAAUGUUUAUGACAUCUCUCUGCUCAACUUACUGGCAAGUGUUGCUUGCCCAGGGAGUCUGCGUCGGUAUUGGAAUGGGCUUGACAUUUUUACCCGCUACGGCUAUUCAGUCGCAAUACUUUGCGAAGCGACGAGCUUUUGCAAUGGGCGUCGCUGGGACCGGGUCACCUGUUGGAGGAAUUAUCUUCCCUAUCAUCUUCAGCCAUUUACUUCCGAAAAUUGGCUUUGGUUGGACUACUCGUGUCAUUGCAUUUAUUAUUUUGUGA